GAUUCAGUAGGGACGUAAGGAAAAUGGAGUCACCAUCAGGAAGUGGGGCGAGUAACACCGAAACCUGGCCAUUGUUCGAUAAUAUGAGCUUUUUAAAACUAUAUAUACAGCCCAGACAAAAUCGCUGCACCACAAACAUUUUAGAAGAUAUGUAUUCGCAGGAGCUGUUGGAGCCAUUUAGUUUUGAAAGUUCUCCGACUAUUUUAUCGUCACCUUCGGAGUUGUCGUCUUCAACUCCGAUCCGGAAAAGAGUCAAGAAAACAAACAGCGAUGACGACAGCUGUUUCAAAGAAGCGUGCGAGCUAUACAAAAGCAUGUGUGCAGAGAGGAACAAUUGCAGCGAGGCGGUGAGGUCGUUUGGUGUUAUGUUGACCUCUAUCAUGAACGGUAUGAGCGAGGUAAAGCAAAUGAAAGCAAUACAAGUUUUAACAAAUUCGUUAUUUGCUAUUAAAUCGGAACCCGAAUAA